GCCCUCAGUCCCCAAGCCUCGGCCGGGCGCUCUCUGAGGACCAGUUCAGCUGCUCCAUCUGUCUGGAGGUGUUCGUGGAGCCCGUCACCACGCCAUGCGGCCACAGCUUCUGCAAGGCCUGCCUGCUGGGCUACUGGACGCACAGCAAGAAGUUCACGUGCCCCAUGUGCAAGAAGAGCUACAGCAGACGACCCGAGAUGAGCGUCAACAGGGUCCUGGCCGAAAUCUCCUCCCAGUUCCAGGGGCUGAUGCUGGCCGGGGGAUCUGGAGGAGCUGGAGGAUCAGGGGGAUCCUCGCGGGGAUCCACCCUGAAUCUGAGCUCAGAUACGAGCCACAGCAGCCCCAGCAGCACCGACAACGGGGAGUUUGCCCGGGCGGGGGAGGUUCCCUGCGACGCCUGCAUCGGGAGGAAGGUGAAGGCUCUGAAAUCGUGUUUGAACUGUCCGGGAUCGUUCUGCGAAGUCCACCUCAGACAUCAUAAAAAGGUGAAGUCUCUGACGUCUCACCGUCUGAUCGAACCCACUUUCCACCUGGAGGAGAAGAUCUGCAAGAAACACGAGCGUCUGCUUGAGAUCUACUGCCGCAGCGACCACACCUGCAUCUGCACGGCCUGCGCAGAGGCCUCGCACAGAUCACACGACCUCGUCUCCGCUGAGCACGAGUGGAAGAAGAAGAUGGUGAGCU